AUGGCUGACACGGCGUUGAAGACAAUCGAUCCAUUAUCACCGGAUAUACAGCUGUCAGAUUACGUAAACAAAUUGAACCCAGAGGCCAAACAACGAUAUGUUAUAAAGUUAAUGUAUGAUUAUGGUCAGAACAUCUUGCCUGACCCGUACAGUCUAAAGAAUGGUUGGAAAGACGAUCCUUCACUGUGGCCUGAAUUCGACUACAUUGACAUCUGGGAAUAUCUAAUUGAAUCGCCGGGAUCGUUUACCCGAGAGUCGUUGAAAGCAUACAAGUCACUAGAAGCUUACAGGUUUGUGAUCAGUGGUCAUGUUCAGGUUGUUGAGUAUCACAACAUUGGUGACAACGUCCCAUUCUGUGCCCUUCGUGCAAAGGUUAUUCCAUCACAAAGAGUGUCAGAGAAGCCACAUCAGCCAUGGGUGUAUUUAGACAAACAAUCUUCGGCUGUAUUUUGUGCUCAUUGCACAUGUGUUGCCGGGCUUGGCGAAGUCUGCAGUCAUGUGGCAGCGCUCCUCUUCAAAAUGGACACUGCAGUGCGCUUAGGUCUGACAUCCAAAUCAUCAACAAGUGAUGCCUGUAAAUGGAACAGAGCCUUUCGGAGAGAGCUUCAACCAAUGACUGCUACAGAGCUACAACCCCUGAUGAAUGGAAGUAGGAGUAAGCCAGUGCCUUCGGUGAUACCUUCUGGAAGGGACCAACUGCCAGAUAUUUCUACUUUGCAGUCCCUGCAGAAAGUCUGUCCAGAAGCAGUGUUCUUCACCACCAUUCCGAAACUUGACCCUGAAGAAACAGAAACAGCUUCUGAAGGUGGGGAGUUUCAGGAGUGUAUGCAGUCGCUCAGAGGGUUAAACAGAGAACAUGGCACUCUCCCUGUUGACAAUGAGUCAUUGAGACGUAUAUGGAGUCAUUAUAAAUGUAGUAAGGAGCAGGUGGACAUGUUGGAGAAGGAGACUCGUGGACAGUCUGUUUGUCCACUAUGGUUUGAGCACAGAAAAGGGCGGAUAACUGGCACGAAAGCCCAUGAUGUUUUCGUCAUGAAGGAAUCGUCAAACACAGAUAAUCUGGUUAGGCUUAUAACAGGAAGCAAAUGUUACAAUUUGUCUGGCAAAGCGGCGGUGAAAUGGGGAAAUACCAAUGAAGAAAAGGCAAGACAUGAGUAUGCUCAACAGCAGAAGGGGAACCACCAGUAUUUGAAUGUCAUGACUGCAGGUCUGCUGGUUCAUCAACAGAAACCAUUUAUUGCAGUGUCAGUUGAUGGGGUAGUAAAAUGUGCCUGUUGCCCAAACAGACUGUUAGAGAUCAAGUGCCCGUAUAAACAUAGAGAGAAAAAAAUUCAAGACAUUAAGGACAAAGACUUUUGUUUAAAUGAGGAAGGUGAAUUAAAACGCAGCCAUAGAUACUAUACACAGAUCCAGCUUCAAAUGUAUGUACAUGAUGUGCAAUCAUGUGACCUGUUUGUCUACACAUCUGUUGAUAGUGUAGUGGCAACUGUGUCACGGGAUGAUGACUUUUGUCAGAAACUAGUCAGCAAGUGUGAGGAUUUUUUCUUUAAAUUUGUGCUGCCAGAACUUGUAUCGAGGAGGUUAGAAAAAACACCAAGCUCAGCAUGUGAAGUGUCUUCCCAGAGCAUCAAGACUUGUGACAAUGAAGUUGCUUUAUGGUGUCUGUGCCAAGAACCAGAGUAUGGUCGUAUGAUAAAGUGUGAAAAUGAGGACUGCCCUACUCAGUGGUUUCACUAUGAAUGUGUUAACAUCAGAAGACGCCCCAGAGGAAAGUGGGUUUGUCCAGAGUGUUCUGACAUUAAGGAUUAAGAUUAUUGAACAUUGUACUUCUGAGUACUUCUGAAGACUGAGUCAUUUAUUAAACCAAAUGCAAGAGUAAUAAUUUUUUAAUAAAAGUUAGUAAAUAUUU